AUGAUUCGACGAUCUAAAUCAAUGAUUUGUAUUCCAACUUAUCACAGACAACGCGAAGAAAAUGUUCCGGAAAAUCGAAGAGGUUGGCUAUUGAUUUGAAGUUGUAGACAAACAACUUAUUUCCAGCUUCGCUGAUUGAAAAAUGCCGAUCUGCUCUGAAAAUCGAGCCAUCUCGCCGACAAUCUCUCGUAAAUUUUGUGCGCAAAACUGCCAGAAAAUUGCGAAGCACAAGUGCUCAACCAGUUCCACCUUCAAGAGAUCCAGAAACUCGCCCACUUUAUUUCCAUCCAAAAUUCUGGGAAAACGGUCUUUUAGGGCAGUGAGUUGAACUUUGCAAAACAAAAAAUAAUAGAUGUUUUCAGAUACAUCGAUGUUCGUGCAUUAACAUUGGCACACGAAGAAGCUGAAGAUUUCGAUGAUUCAGAUAAUUGA